AUGAAAGAGGAUCGCCGCCAUGUCGCUGUGGUGGGCACGGGGAUGGCUGGCUUGGUGACGGCGUAUUUGCUACACCACGAUCCACAGCAACGGUAUCGGGUGCGACUGAUGGACAAGAGAGAUCAAGUCUCCCUGAGCGCGGAAUCCGUCGCGGUGCCCUCCUCCCAGCCAGGGGAGAAAAAAUCCGUCUGGGCCGAUGUGCCCAUGCGCGCCUUCGCUGGCGGUUUCUAUGAGAACCUCGGCCGCAUGUACGACUACCUGGGCGUGCGAUACCACCCGCAACCGUUCCUGUUCGGGUUCUCGCGACUGGCUUCGCGACCGCAGCAGCACGAGGAAGCCCCGUACAUGGUGCAUGCGUCCAACUUCCACCAGCUGGGCCCGCUGCUCCCGCGCCGGGGCGAUUUCUUCCAGUGGGCGCUCGAGGCCGCCCUGGUGCUGCUGUGCUACCUGUGGUUCACCGUGUGCUGUUUCUUCGUCGCGCCGACCGAGGACGAGUCGUUUGGUCAUUAUCUCCGUCGCAUCUAUCUCCCGCGGCACUACAACGCCAACUACCUCCUGCCGCUGAUGUCGAGCGUGUGUACGUGCUCGCAUGCAGAGCUGCUGCGGUUCCCCGCGGCCGACGUGCUCGGGUACAAGCAGCGCACGCAUCGGCAGCCGCACUACGUCGUCACGGACGGCGUGCACAAGGCGCAGGAGACGUUGCUGCGCGGUCUGGACGUGCGUCUGGGCGUCCACUCGACCAGAGUCACACCCACGGCGAACAGGGUCGAGCUCACGUACCGACUGGCCGACAGCGACGCCGACAAGACCGAGGUCUUCGAUCUCGUCGUCCUCGCCGUGUCCCCGGACAUCGUGGCCAGCGUCUUUGAGCCGCUCACCUCGAGCCUACGCGACGUGCCUACUACUACGGUGACGACGGUCGCACAUACGGACUACGCCGCUCUCUCGCGUAUCGGCCUGGACGGCAGUAAGCCGGGAGGAGGAAUCUCGAGUCGACCGGGAAGCCCACAGCACAUCUAUCUGCGGUCGAACGGCUCCAGCACCGAGGCGGUGCACGCCCAACCCAACUCCAUCCUCGUGACGACCAACCCGCUCACGCCCAUCGACCAGAGCAAGAUCAUCCGGUCGGCGUCGUUCACGCGGGUGCUGCGCAGCCCGCAGAGCCGGCGGCUGAUCAACCGGAUCUUCGACGACGGCCGGGCCGAUGCCACGGCCAUCGGCUCGUGGCGCAAUGGCGAUGGCGGCGUGUAUCUGGCGGGCGGAUGGUGCUGGGACGGCAUGGUGCUGCUCGAGGGAUGCAUUGUCUCUGCGAUGCGGGUGGCCUCGGAUCUGGGGGUGGAGGUUCCAUGGGCCCCGUAG